ACACAUCUACUGAAGGUCUUUGAAGACAAGACAGUAACUCAGCUCAGAUCAUCAGUAACCACAGCGCCACAGAAGAGAUGGCCCAGAUGAGAGCUCCUGUGAUAGCACUGCUCAUGAUCCUGGCUGUGGGGCUGUUUACUAAUUCAGAAGCUCAACAAGGCUGUUGUAUGAGUUACUCCACUGGUAGGAUUCCCUUUAAUCGCAUUCGUGGAUAUUCAAUACAGACAGUGACGAGACAAUGCAACAUCAAUGCCAUUAUUUUCCACAUAUUCAAAGGGAGAAAUAUAUGUGUGGAUCCCAUCCAGGGUUGGGUUAUGCAGAAUAUUCGCAAGCUGAAAGAGAAAGCCAUCCAGCUGAACAUGAAAAAAUUGCAAGCAAAUUAGUCAUCCCAAAUGAGUCUGGAGAAAGAUUGUUUGAGUUUCUUUCUUCAAAAACGGAGGAAAACACAAACAUCCUUGAACUCUGCUGUAUUUAAUUUCUGUGGUAUACAUUCUGUUGUACCAUGGAUAUCAUUAUUCAGCGCUCAAACCACCUGGUUUAUAAUGUCUGUUAUCCAACUGCUUCUAUCUCAGGCAUAUUUCUGUACAGAAAAGCAUAAUGCACGUAUUCCUAUUUUUGGAAUUAAAUAUAAUUUUUUUAUGAGCAUCAGAUGUAUGUUGUUUUAAAACUUUAAUUUUAAAGUUCUUAUGAUCAGAUGAUAGAUCACAUUUGUUUAGUUUUUUUUUUACUGUUACUAGUACUUGGUUAAAAAUGUGAUAUCUUAAAUAAAGAUUUUAAAAUG